GUGACCGACUUUGUGUGUUGGAUGCCGAGAGGAAGUGCGAUGUUAACGUGUAAAAUAGCACGAACAUAACGGAAAAUUAAAUAAUAUAUGUUGCAGUAGUGCCGAAAACUUAUUCAUUAUAUCACUGAUUUGAUAAUCACAGGGUUGCAGCACUGUUCAAUCGGCUGACACCGGAGCGAUUGAGACCGGGUCACGUUUUCCAGUGGAUGGAUGCCGGCUGGUGAAGAUCAGCUGAUCGAAGCAGGACCAAGUUGUGAUACCGGGACAGCGCUCACUGUCACAAGGUCGGGUUGAGACUGACAGAACAACUCUGUGACUUCGUUUAAGGGGUUCAGGAUCACUGGUGGGUGGAUGGCAGAUGAGGUUGCGCUGACCAGCUUGCGAGAUGAAGAAUCCCUCCGAUUCUUUCAUGUCUUGUGCCACCGCGACUCGGCCGCUCGUCGGCUGGGCAUUGACUCAAUCCGAAAAACUUUUGAUGCUUGGCUGGAUGGAUACGGCAGCCCUAAACAGAUACAUGGCGAAACGGGCAUCAACGGGUUUCAGCCCGUAGUGACAGAAUAUCUCCCCGAACUUCUGUGUCUUUCUAUCCAGUGCCCCUUUGAUGACGUACGCGAAGCACUCGCAGACAUUCUCGAGGAUGUCAAGAAGCGAGGUCGAGGUCUUAAUGUGCCCCGUCGACUGGAGAAGGGGGCCAGUCACUUCAUCUCGGAAAAAGAGAUCGUGCCUGUCGACACGCCUGAUGACAAGACAAGGACACUGUUUGUAGAUGCAUUCCUUCAGAACAAUCGCCUCGAGCACAUCACUCAGCUGAUGGGCUACCAUCCCGACUACCUGGAGUGUUUCCUCCGCACACAACACUACUUGCUAAAGGAAGAUGGACCUCUUCCUUUUGAAUACAGGCAUUAUAUAGCAAUCAUGGCAGCAGGAAGACAUCAAUGCUCGUACCUGAUCAAACUUCAGUCUCAUGAGUUCCUACUUCAAGGAGGGAACCCAGACUGGCUCAAGGGCCUUGAGAGGAUACCUCACAAGCUCAAAGAUCUCAACGAAAUUAAUAAGAUACUAGCUCACAGGCCAUGGCUAAUCACCAAAGAUCACAUUGAGAAACUGACCCGUGGAAAGGACAGCUGGUCAGUGAGCGAGGUUGUUCAUGCAUUGGUAAUCAUGGCACAGUUUCAUGCGCUGUCAAGCUUUGUGUUUGGUUGUGGAAUUAACCAGGAAGUAGAUCAAGAUGGAGGAUACACAUUCCGCCCCCCAUCUGUCAGUGAUGCCAGUGAGGUUGAUUACUCCAGUGACGGUUCCUCAGGUGGUGAAAAUUGUUCUGAGUUUGAGGGUGGUGGUCUGUCGGUACUGAUGGAGAAGAUGCGGGCGCUGAUGGAGGCAAGAGAGGAGGAAAUGACACAAGACGAACUGUUGAAACGUUUCCAACAUGUCGAGUCUCAGAAUGCAUUGAUCACAACAAAUGCACAGCCUCCAUCUCCGAAGUCUGACAUCCUGUGCUAUGUCGAUGAUACAACGUUCCAGUAUGAGGACUUUGCUAAGCGUGGCUCAGCAUCAGAGAUCCCGACAUUUCGAGCUCAGGACUAUUCCUGGGAAGAUCAAGGCUUCUCACUGGCCAACCGGUUAUACACUGAUGUUGGCAACCUUCUUGAUGAAAAGUUCAAUGUGGCAUACAAUCUCACAUACUACACAAUGGGUGACAACACAUCAGUAGAUACCACAGCAUUCCGGCGGACAAUCUGGAACUACAUCCACUGCAUGUACGGCAUCCGUCACGAUGACUACAACUACGGGGAAGUGAACCAACUGUUGGAGAGGAACCUGAAGGCCUAUAUCAAAACAGUUACAUGCUACCCAGAACGACUGAAGAAAAAGGACUAUGAUGGCGUGAUGAGAGAGUUCAAACAUUCUGAAAAGGUUCAUGUAAAUCUGAUGUUGUUCGAGGCCCGAUUGCAGGCGGAAUUGUUGUACAGUCUUCGUGCAGUGCAGUGAUGCGUCACAUGACGUGACACCGUGGAUACUAUUGUUGCAGGAUGCAAGUGUUGUGAUAGCCAAGCUAGGUGAUGUGAACUUGGCGAAAAAAAACGGUGGUUCAUUAAUGGCCACAGGUGCUGACUGCCUCCUUGCCGCCCACGCCUGUUGGUCUACAUGUGGGCCAACUUGUGGGUUUCACCUGGCUAGAGCGAGCAGCCUUGUGAAGGAAGGCCUGCCCUGGCUAUCUGUGAUAUUUUUUACUGUAGUGUGUACAUACUGAGUAUGUGCUGCCAUGAUGAACCUGCAUUUCAGGAGGUCCGAGUGGAGCUGAGUGACUUGGUGAGUGAGUGCAAGUUGGUGCGUGAGCGAGUAUGGGUCAGUGGUUGACUGAAUGACUGCCUCCAGAGGGGGAUCUCCACACGUUAUUUUAUACCUGUCACCUUCUCCAUUCCGUGGUCAAGGUCGACCUUGUCUUUCAUGGAGUGGUGCUCCUCGACUGUUGUACGUGACGCUAUGUACUUCCGACUCAUAUGUGAGUGACACUUGUAACGAACAUGUUUGCAAAUCCAAAGAUCUGCAGCAGCUCAGUUGCAGACAUGCACGCGAGUGUGCAUGCACAUGCAUUCCGACUGCUGCCACAGUAACUGUGAAUACUAUAUUCUGAUGUUGGCAUUACUGGGUUCUAGUCAGUGAGACUACAAUAUAGCUAAUUCCUAUUAUUGCUUCACCUUCAUCAGCACACACAGCCUGUAGGGGUCGAUGCCUUUCAUGGCACAGAAGAAUAAGUCCGAAAGCCAAGCCAGUUUAUUUUCUUUUGCAGAUGAAGUUAAAAAAUGUCGAAAGGAAAAUAAGACUUAAGAUCUGCAGUAAAUAGCAGUUAUGAUGUGAUAUAUUUUAAAUCAACCCUGGCAAAGUUAUCAGUUAUUCUUAUCAGUUGCCUCAUUGCAUAUUGUACAAAGUAAUUUACCAGACAUGAUGUUGAUUUGUUUGGCCUAAUCAUGAUUAGUCAAUAUAGUGUGAGGUUUAAAGUUAAAUGAAUUUGAGCCACAUGAUAAACAAAUGUUUUGGAUAGACAUUCAAGAAAAUUAACAUUAAUGCAUUUUAGAAAUGUUUCCAUUUCAUUUAGAUAUGAUGAUUUUGAUGAUAUUUCAGAAUCUUAUUAAUUGUUACGGCUUUUCAUCUUCCUGUUGCCAAACUUGCUUUUGGCGGGGACUUUGACCAACACAGGCUGUGUGUGAGGUGUUUGUAUUAGGGGUAGUUUUUCAGUUAGAUGUGUAGAAUUGCACCAUGUUCCUACACCAAUACAUGUAUCAAUUACUGAUUUAUGAACUGAUCUUAUGUGACUUCAUUGGCACGGAUAGAAUUCAACCCGGACGGUUUUUAGACCAGAAAUCAUAGUGAAAAACAAAUGAUACGUUUAACUGGAACUGUAACCAUGGUUACAGGACAAGGGUUGAUUCUAUCCGACUUGGGCUCUUUUAUCAACUGCUGCACUAACAGUUAACACCACUGAUUUAAUAAGUCUAGACUUACGUCCACACUACCAUCAAGUUCAAAAUCACUGGAAAGUUGUGUUCCUGUUGAUACUGUUUGUUCCAAGAUUCCUCAGAAUGGUUUCAAGGACAAACAGUGGGUUUUUUCAGUUUCAAGUACAUGUGUACUCCUCUUCAAACCUUCAAAUUAUUUAUUUGUUCUGUUUCUAAACAAAUCCUUACUAACUCAAACAUUUUUGGUAUAUAUAAAAUGUUUUUGAAAUGUAUUUGUAUAUUAUCCCAGUGAUUUUGACAAUCAUGGUAAUCAUGUAUUGUUCAAUGGCAUUCUUUACAGUUAUAUGAACACAAUGUUUUUAUGAUGUUUGUUCUUACUUCCAUGGUGAUCUGAAGACCUGUAUGCUGAUAAAUCAAAUGUUAGAGAAUGUGAAUUGUCUAUAGUAUUGUGAGGGCAGAUAACUAUUUUUUUAACUCUCUAUAACUGUUACUAUGAAAAUGUUGAAGCAUCUACAAGUUGUACAGAUUGUUAAACUUGUUUAUAUCUAGGUUUGAUGCGUAUGGAUUCACCCAUCUGUCCCAUAGUCCUUUCAUGGAUGCAACAUGCUACUUUCCUGUAACUUGUGUUGAGAUGCAAGGGUACACUAUCGUAUCAUGAUACAAACACAUAUCUGAUACAAACACCACUUGCAAGGGUUCUGUCUGUAUGUCACACACAUUGUCACACAAGGCAGAUUCCUUGUUAUUAUAGGUGUCAAAAUUUACUGUUUUUAUUUUAUUUUGAUUUGAUUUUAAAUUGUUUUUUGGCAAGUCAAUUGUAUGUCACACAAACCCUUCGUAUUACUAAUUUGCUCCCUAAGUAACCCUCACUAAUACAAGUGUAAUCAACCAACCGUAACCAGAUGCUUUUUCAUUGUUAUCAUUUUGUUACGCCUGUUGAGCAUGUUACACUUGCAUUUCGAUCAUUCCAUGUAUGUAGAAAUGUUCAUGUGUGUAACCCACACUGUCUCUGCCACUGAUCAGUAGAUUCAACAAGAACCACCUUGCCCCACCAGGCUCCAUCAGAAGAUGAAUUCAAAUAGUUAUUACCAUGUUUUGUUGCCAUCGAACAUUAGCAAGCUACACUGAGAUUACGUCUCUUUCAUUAGUGCUAUAGCCAUGUCAUUGAAGCAUGCAAAGUACCCUACAAUCCAUCUGACAACGAGAUUAACCAUUCCUGCAUUACUCUUGUAAUAUAUUGGAGGUAUUCAUUGUCAGAAUAGGUCAGGUUUUUUAUUGGUGCAAUUAUUAUAGUAUGUUGUAAUAUUUAUCUGCUUGAUGCCGUUUCCUGAUUGGUCGAGACAAUCAUGGUUUGAUGAAGAAAUCUGAUCAGGAAAGGAUAUCAAGGCGUUCACUCUUGUGUGCUGAGACCACCUAUCACUAUGAAUAGUUAUCUCAUCUGUAAGGUGUUGGGGGUGGGUGGGCUGCUUGUAUAGUGAGGUGGUGCCACUUGGACAUGUCUGGUAUGGUUUCACUUUCGGUUACCAGAUGAACAGUUCAUUGUGGCCAUCGUCCAGAUCUCAGCAGCUUGGGUGUUCAUGUCUGUAGAUUAUGUUUUAAGUAGAAGAGUAUCAAACUUUGUGAUAUAAUUAAUGAUUACACUGCAUUAUUAAUUAUUUAUUUCAAAUGAAAAAAAUAUUAGAUUGAAUUUUCAAUAAUCAUGUACUAGGUUUGAUCCCUUUGUUACCAGUAAGAUGGCUUAAAUGUACAAGGAUGACAGAUACCCAGAGAUGCCCGCUACUUCAAUCUGUGGUGUGUGUGCGCCAGGAUUCAGACAAGGUCUGAUAACCAUUUGAAACCUGAAUCUCUCAAUGUACCUCCUGUAGUGUUAAAACAAGAUGUCCAUUAUACACAGGUUGAUGGUUUCAAGAGGUUGUGAGCUAUGUAAACGAACAUGACUCCUGGUUGGCCUAGGGCUGUUCACAAGUUCAUCCCAGCACCUCGACUGUUGGUCCGGCCUUUCGCAGGAAUGGGAAAGAACUUUGCAGCCACAGGGGCGUGUCACGCUUAGAAACAGCGUUAGAAAGACAUAUAGGUAUAUAGACCCUACCCUUUUAUAUAGUACUAGGGUAGGGUCUAUAUACCUACAUGUCUUUCUAAGGCUGUUUCUAAGCGUGACACGCCCCUGUGUUUGCAGCUACAGUCGAAUGGUGCUGGGAUUACUUUGUGGAACAUCCCUGGAGCUCGGAUAUGCGACCUGAGUACUCUUUCCCGCUGACUUAUGACUUUAUUUAUUACUGGGUUGUUUACUGACAUACAGUAUUAUGUAACACGUGUUCGUACUACUUGUUAGUACAAGCUAUGACGUACUCUGUACAUGCAUUGUUUUUAGCCCUUUCCUACGUUGUGAUAACAUGUUGCUUCAAAAUAAAACAUCAAUCAAAUGAAACAA